AUGCAGUUUCCCAGCAGAAGGAAAAGGCUCAUCAACAAUGCUCAGGAAGAAAUGUAUGGACAACCAAUCCAGUUCUAUGGACAGCCUCCCAUUGAAAACAUCUCCCUCUCUGAAUUUGAGACGUUUGCUGUGGAAAGACUGAAAUUGUUGAAGACCAUUGAGAAUUUGGGAGUCAGCUAUGUCAAACAAUCAGAGCAUUAUGCGAGGAAACUGGAAAGUGAAUUUAAAAACUUGCAUUUCCCAUACAGAGAAGUGGAUGACAGGAAAGUUCAAACUGGUCCAAGUGAGUUUGAGAAAAGAAGAAAGGAUCACAUCUCCCACUUCAUCCUUCGACUUGCAUACUGUCAAACGGAGGAUUUGAGACGGUGGUUUAUACAACAAGAAGUGGAUCUAUUCAGAUUCCGCUUUAAUGAACUGGGUUCAAAGCAAAAGCUUGAGUUUCUUCAUAGAAAUAAUCUUCAGUAUGACACGAUUAAUGUUGAAGAGAAGAAAACCUUGCUGGAUAAACUAGUCAGCUCCAGUUAUGCUGUGAGCGGGAUCACAGUGGAGGAGCAGGACUUCUACAAAGUUCCAUUCCAAGAUGCUUUGGAUUUAGUCAGAACAAGAAAAGUGUAUCUUAAAGCUGGAUAUGUUUAUAUACCCCAUCAGGACAUAAUCACAAUAGUUAUCAAUGAUUUUCGCACAAGGCUCUCAAAAGCUCUGGCUCUGACUGCUCGCUCACUUCCCAUAGUGCACUCUGAUGAGCGGCUGCAGCCUCUCCUCAACCACCUCAGUCAUGCUUAUGUUGGCCAAGACUACAGCAUCCAGAAAAAUGUUGGGAAAAUCUCCUUGGAACAAAUCGAUUCACUCUCUGGAAAGUCGUUCCCUCUCUGCAUGAAGCAACUUCAUCAGUCGCUGCGUGAAAACCACCACUUGCGUCAUGGCGGCCGGAUGCAGUACGGCCUCUUUUUGAAAGGCAUUGGUUUGUCUCUGGAGCAGGCGCUGCAGUUUUGGAGGUCAGAGUUCAUCCGUGGAAAAGUGGACGCUGACAAGUUUGACAAACAAUACGCCUAUAGUAUCCGCCACAUGUUCGGAAAGGAAGGCAGGAGAGCGGACUACACUCCCUACAGCUGCAUGAAGGUGAUCCUGUCAAACAUGCCCAGCCAAGGAGACUAUCACGGAUGCCCCUUUCGCCACAGUGAUCCGGAGCUGCUGAAACAGAAGCUGCAGGUUUACAAGGUGUCGCCCAGUGGAAUCAAUCAGAUCCUUGAGCUGGUUAAAGGGAUGCAUUAUCAGCUUGCCUGUCAGAAGUACUUUGAGCUGACCCACAAUGUGGAAGAUGCCAACUUCUCGCUCAAUCACCCAAACCAGUACUUUGUGGAGAGCCAGCGGCUGCUGAGUGGAGGAGUGCGGGAGCCCAAACGAGAGCCAGAAACGCCACAUAAAACCAAAGCUCCAUCUGCAGCGGUAGAAGUGCCAGAGGUGAUAGAAGACCUCGACUCCUUCUUUCAAGAUGCUUAG